GCGGUCGAACAUUCAGCGCCCACCGUUUAGUUUGCCAGCGGUCACCAAGAUCCGAAGCCCUUCUCUCAACAGGGCAGCGCCAGACAAAUAUCCGACGCUCCGAGCGACUACCUGGGACGCUGGUAAAUAUUUCUUUUGCCAAGCUGUUCCGGCUUCCAAGGUUGCGUUCGAGUCGCGCGCUCGUACGCGGGCUGCGGCGACAGCGUCGGUUUUCUCAACCCACCCUUGUGUUCAGCCUCUUGAGUACAGUCAACAGAGAUGGAAACAUCACAGAAGCCGCAUACGUCUAUCAAGUUACCGAGCCUGAAAAUUACUGGUGGCUCAACGACCGCUGGCGAUUCCACCCCGGGGACGCCAUCCCAAGGCUUACCGAAGAUUCGCCUCGUCUCGAAAUCACAACCCUCGACCCCGGCCGACUCUCACCCACCCAACAGUGCACCCCGUCCGAGCGUUGCUGCAGCAGAGAACGGGGCGAACACGGCCUCGGCUGAUGCCAAGAUCACCCAGACCAAGGCCGGUCAAGUGAGCAAGCCGUCGGCGAAAAAGCGGACCCGAGAAGAAAGCGAGGACCACGAGGACGACGACGACGACGUCCCUCUCGCCAAUGGCACCUCGACGACUCACCAGGCCAAAAAGACAAAGAUCACCAUCAGACCGACAACGCCAGGCCUAGUGCGACAACCGACGCUGAAGGUCAAGUCUUCGGGCCGGAUUCCACAUAAGCCACUGGGCGAGGGCUACGACUCGGAGGCGGAAGAUCGCGAGGUGGACCCGGUCAUCGAGGAGCAGUUCCUGUUCCGCAUGAUGCCCGGCGAGCACUGCGAGUAUCUACGAACGGCGAUCCAGAACAGACAGAUCGGCGUUCCCAAGUCACAGGGAGGCGCCGAUUUCCAGAUCAAAUGGCUGGACGAGGAAGGUCGCCGGGCCGUGGUCAUGGUCAAAGGCCAGAUGUUCGCCGCCAUCCUCCUGGAUCUUCCCACCAUCACCGAGGGCAUGAAGACGUGGGACAAGAAGUCGAUGGUCAAGUCGUCCGACAUCUGCCAGAUGCUACUGGUUUUCGCCCCGGUCAAUAGCGAGGAGGAGGCCAAGACGGCACCCCUCCCCAAGGCCGUCGAGCACGGCCAUAGGUGGCCCCACGGCAUCACGCCGCCGAUGCACGACGCCAGAAACCGUCGUUUCCGCAAGCGCCUCAGCAAGCUGGAGAUCAAGAACAAGGAAGCCGAGGUCGAACGCCUGCUCUCGGCCGACCGCGAGGCCUUGAACGUCCGGACAGAGUGGAUAGACAGCAACAAGCACAACGGCCGGGCGGACGAAGAGGACGAGGAGGAGGAAUACGAGGAAGACGCAGCAGACGACUACUUUGGCGACGGCGCCGCGGAGCAACAAGCCGAGGAGGAGGAGGAGGAGGAGGAGUUCGAGGUCGACGACGCCGCCCUCGAGGCCGAGUUCCUGGAAGCCGUCGAGACGCCAAUGGUCGACACUCCCGGGGCCGCAGCCGAGGGCGUCACGCCGGGCGCCGCCACCGCCGCGACUCCCGGCCAACAGGGCGAGGAAGAAGCGGCUGCCGAAGAGGAGGCGGCGGAGGAGGAGGAGGCCCAGGAGGAGGAGUCGGACGAGGACGACGAGGAGGACGGAGACGAGGACGAAGAAGAGGAGGAAGGGGACGAGGACGAGGAAGUGGCGGCCAUCCGGAACGUCAUCGCCAGUCUCAAGAAGCAACUCAAGAGCUACGAAGAGCAGCUCGCGGCCUCGGUGCAGCCCAUCAUGAGGAAGCGACUCGAGGGGAACAUCAGGAACGUGAAGUCGGAGAUUCUGCUCAAGAAAUCGGCUAUUGGCGAGACAGAGGAGGAUUAAGGUCUUUUGGUCAUUUUCUCUGCCCCUUUUUCCCCCCCCUUCAAUGGGGUCAACAUGUGCGGGACGGGGUUCACCAUCAUCUGCUUAUACCCAGCGAUGUAUCUUUCGGCAGCAUGACAUUCAGAUGUAACACUUGACGAAUAAAACGGGGACC